UUGUGUACUACUAUAGUGGUGCUUCACUUGUGACUUCUUGUACCUGUUGACUUAAUAUUGAUAACAUUUGUUUUGAAGCAAAAAAGUUGAAGGGAGCUAAUUUAUCAAAGGGGGGAAAAAACCCUGAAAUCCUGCAAAAGUGGCAGUUUUCGCAGGAUUUAGGGAAGUUCCUAUUUACCAUUCCUCAGAGUCUUUCUUAUACAAAGCAUGAGGAAACUAAUUCCAUCAAUCUUUCCAAGGACAGCAGUGGUACCUGUAUCGCCAGUUGUCAUACUCUAUCUGCACUAGAUGAGACUCUGCGCUAGAAGCCUGAGACGAGGCAUCCAGUGCAGCGGACACGUGUCACCAGAGACACACGUGCGCAGAAGGACCCCAAUUGGCCAGCAAAAGGCCUCCUGUAAGAGCCAUGGCUUCUCCUGGUUAUAUAUUUCCAAGAUCUCCAAACAGCAUCUGUAGCCUCCCAAUUGAUGUGCGAUCACAUUCUUUUAAUUCCGGCCAUCAACACAGGAACCAGGAGUCUCAAAAUGAUUCCCUAGACUGCUCAGACGGAAGUUUUUUUGACAUGACUGAAAAUUUGGAUGAUGACUCCUAUGACGGAAACUGUGAUAUUCCUGAUAUGAAAUUAAUCCGCAAGAUAGUAAGCCAAGUGGAGUACUACCUAUCUGAUGAGAACUUGUCCCAUGAUGCCUUUUUGCUGAAACAUGUCCAAAAAAACAAGAUGGGUUUUGUAAGCAUCAAAUUACUCUCUUCCUUCAAAAAGAUUAGGUCCCUGACUCGAGAUUGGAGGAAAACCUUGUAUGCGCUCCAGUUUUCUGACAUAUUGGAGGUUAACUUUGAGGAAACAAAAGUGAGGCGAAAAACUCCAGUUCCAGAUUGUCUCCUUGGGCUUCCUCCUACCAAAUUACUAUUGGCCUGGAAUCUAGAUAAUGAAAGGAAAAUCCCUCCUGGAAAGCCGCAAAAGAACUUCUUGGAGAUUGCUACAUCUCUUUUUGCAUCAUUUGGAGUCAUCACUUCCAUACGCAUCUUAAAACCUGGCAAAGAGGUACCAUGUGAUGUUAAAAAAUAUAUAUUUCGAUAUCCUGAACUAGCUACAAAAAUCUGUGCACUUGUGGAGUACGAGAACCUAGAGGGAGCCAGAAAAGCAGUAGAUGCAUUCCGUAUGAAGGAAAGUAGUGAUGAUGAUAAUGCUUUCAAGGUAAUCCCAGUGAGUCGUCGAGGAACAUGCAAGAAAAGUAGCAUGGAGUCUGAUGAAAGCGAAAACGCUGACUUGCCAGAUAAAAAGUUAUCUAAGAAACAUACUAAAGUUCUAAGGAAGUUGCAGCACACCACUGAAGAUCCUUCUUGCUACAGCUCAUCAGAGUCGGACAGCAUGCCAGCUUCCCCAGUUCUGGCACCUCGUUGUCUCUCUGCUAUCAAUUUUUCAAUCCCUGAUAUUACGUUCAGGCCAAAUUCUUUCAGCAGCCCUCGCUCUAGUCCAAUGCUAGUAAAUAAGUGCUUCUCCCAGACAUAUCACAGUCUUUCACCCUUGGCCACAGAUUUAGGUAGUCGAGUUUUUGCUAGCCCUGGAACAAGUCCAGAAAUAUAUCGUCGGCUUCCAGAACAUUCUAAUGACAGUGGUAUUUAUUCUUCCAGCCCUUGGGUGCAGCGACGCAAAGCUGCUGCUCACAAUCUACGUAUGGAAAACAAGAUACACUGUAGCCCUUUGGCAGUGAAGAAGAUGCCAGUUUCCCAUGGGCUUCCCAGUGGGAUACUUCGUCUACCGCAUGGGCCAGAUGGAAGUAGAGGUUUUCAUAACAGCAUUGGCAGGGGAAAACUUAUACUAAGACAUUGAGAUCAUGUAGUGUUACUGUCCCUGUUAGAUUCUUACUUCAACCUAGAACCUAAAUGUCUUUUGCAUUGGACUGGUUCAGAAAUUUUCUGCAUACUUUGCAUUUGAAAUCUCUACUUGUAGCUGUUUUGACAUUCAGAUCACUGAAUGCAUUUACAUGUUGGCUUUUAGGGGUAAAUUUACUAAAGUACGGAUUAUUAGAAAUGGAGACGUUGCCUGUAGCAACCAUUUAGAUUCUAGCUAUUAUCUUCUAGAAGGUGCUAUAUAAAUAAGUAGAAUCUGGUUGCUAUGGGCAACAUCUCCAAUUCUAAAAACCCACACCUUAGUAAAUAUACCCCUUAAAGUCCACAUAUGUCUAAGGCUCAAUGUUAAUGUAUUAUGUAAUUUAAGAAAACUCUCACAAGUUUCACCUAAAUGAGUAAAGUAGUGUGCUUGGGUAAUUAAAAUGUAACUUUUCAAGCCAAUAAUUUUCUUAAGUGGCUUUCAACCUGAAAUGAUGGUCUUUAAAUGUAGAACUCACUAAUGUGUGCAAGGAAAAAAGAUAAAUAAAACAAAAACCGGAUUAGACCUUUUAUUCAAGGGACAACUAUUGUUUACCUUUUAUUAUUAUGUUGGAAAAAAGUUUAUGGAUGUUAAAUAAAUAAAUUUGCAAGUA